AUGAAUGUACAAAUUUACAGUAAUACAAAAAACCAAGAAGGUGAUGUAAAUUACAAUAAUAAAUUUACAAUGACAUUACCCGAACAAAUUGACGGUGAAAAUAAAAAACGAUUUAUACGUGCUUUAAACGUCUCCUAUCCUUUAAUGAUUGAUAAUGUGGAUGAUAAAAUGUGUGGUAUCCGGUUUUCAUACAAAAUUUUCUGGAAUCCUGUACUAUAUCUGGCAUUAGCAGCAAAAGAUUAUGUUAAAUUUGAAACAGAAUGGAUGUAUUUACCCAGAGGAUACUAUACAAUUAAAAAAAUGAUUAAAGAAUUAAAUCGAUUUGUACAAGAAUAUGGUAUGAAUUUUGUAUUAUUACCCGGUGGACGUGUGGGUCUAUCGUUGGGUAUUAUGCCAUCUUACUUUUAUAGUUAUAACACUGCCGACGGUCUUACGAAAAAUACAUAUACUGUAAGAUCACCUGAUGAUUUCUCUUUCGAAAUGACCAAAGAUUUAAAGUAUAUGCUGGAGUUAGACCAGUAUGUACUACAUCCUGAUGUUGAAAACAUAUUCAAGGAUGGUACCACCGUGUGGACCAACCCCACACCACCAACUCAAAUGCAAACAAUUUUAACAACCGUUUUAACAGCUAAAGUAAUGGGUGAUCCCAUAAAUAAACUGUGGUAUUUUAUUUAUGGUAAAUAUGCACCCGAUAUGACCAAUGGAAAAACAUGCAUGUUUAUUUAUUGUGAUGAAGUUGUACCCUCUGUUGUGGGUGAUGUUCGUGGACCGUUAUUAGCGCAAUUACAAAUUAAGCGCCAAGAUGAUGAUAAUAUGAUUGAAGCGAUGCACACCCACGAUUUACCAUCGGUCACACAUGAAUUAAUUAAUACACAAAUAAAAAAUUUACAUAUAAGAAUAUGCGAUAUGGAAAAUAAAUUAAUACAGUUUAACGGUGGCAGCGUUGGCAUCGAGUGUAUAAUUGAAUAA